AUGACAUUGAUUAAAAUUGGAUAUAUAUUUAAAAGUAUAAAUUUUAAUAUAAAAAUAGUUUGUAUAUCUUUUUAUAAAUAUAAUUUUAAGUAUAAAAAAUUAUUAUUAUAUAAUAUAUAUUUAAAAGUAUUUGAUUAUAGAGAUGAAGUUAUUAUAAGUGAUUAUGUAUUUAUUAUAUAUUAUAAAAAAAGUAAAUAUUGUAAUUAUAAGAUAGUUAAAAUUUUAUAA